GCCGGAUGUGUGGGUCGCGAUCCAACCCUUUCUAUAGCUCGCGGCCGCCUGUCCUCCUUGCACCCCGAGUGGGGGCGAGGUGCGAGCGAGCUCCACUGCUUCCUGCGCACGGCCAUGCUGCCUGGUCCGGAGGAGGAGAGCGACGCCCCAGCCGGCGUGCAGCCGUCGCCCCGCCACGACGCUGCGCCCGAUGGCGGUUCGCCAUUGGGCGGCGAGGGGCCGUCCGCCUCGGCGGCGCGGGAGGCGGAGGAGGAGCUGGCGGUGCUGCGGGCCGCGCUGGCGGGCCGCGGGGGGCAGGGCGGCGUCCCCGGGGCAGCGGGAGAUGGCCCCGAGGCGCCGCGGCCGAGGGCCACGCCCCCGGCGCCGGAGGGCUGCCCGCCGGAGCUGCUCGUCUGCGGCGCCCCGGCACCCGACGCCUGCCGGAGCCCCGCGGCCGCCGGGAGGACGCCCGACCAGCGCGGCCUGGCCGCCAGCCGCGGCAUUUCCUUGGCGUCGAGCUCCGCAGGGUCGGCGGCCAGCCAGCCAAGCUCGGUCACCAGCGGCAGCCGCUGCUCCAGCCCGGCUGGGCGCGCGGCGGCGCCCAUGUCGGCCUCCAUGGUGCCGCUCGCCGGGUCCCUGCGCUGGGGCAUCCCGGUCCUCCUGCACAUCUAUGACGUGUCCCAGGCGGACAGCAUUCAGAGGCUGAACAGCUUCCUGGCCAACAGGCGGUGCCCGGUCAAGCUCGGCGGCGUCUUUCACGCCGGCGUGGAGGUCGCCGGCAUGGAGUGGUCCUUUGGCCAGACGGAGGACGACGCCACACCUGGCGUGUCGCCGAACCCGCCGCGCGAGCACCCCGCACACCGCUUCAGGCAGACCGUCGAGCUCCCCCGGGCACGCCUGUCCGUGGCGGACAUCCAGGAGGUGAUCGCGGAGCUCGCGAAGGUCACCGCCGUCCUCGCGAGGGGGGAGCUGCCCCUGUUCCUCAGCUGGAGGUGCCACGCCCGCCGCCUGGGGCUGCCCUUCGUGGCCACGGCGGGCAGCGUGGCCGUCCACGCGGCCCUGUGCGGCCUCGCGGACGCGGCGCGCGGGGAGGCGGCCUGGCUGGGCGGCGCCGCGGGCUCCUCGCUGUCGCUGCUCGCGGGCUUGCUGGCGCUUGUGCCGGACGGCAGCGGCGUCCUGUUCGUGCGCGUGGACACCGCGCUGCUGCGGCUGCCGCCCUGGACAGCGGGCCGCCGCCGAGCCGGCAGGGGCGCCGCCGACCUACUCUUCUGGCCAGAGGCCGCGGGCGCGUGCGGAACGUGCGCGGGCAGCCUGGCCGCGCUGUGGGCGCGCGGCGCGGGGCGCGUGCGCGGCCUGCUGGCCGGCGCCGCGCGCCGGGUCGGGGCCGCGCUGGCGGGCGCGGGGUCGGAGGGCGAGGCGGAG